AAAAUUAAACGCUGCGUUUUGGUGCUAAGAUAAUGUAUGCAAAAGCCGAGGAAAAAUUAGGGAAGCGGAGCGGGGUUUUAGUUUCAGAGCUAGCAGAUCAACAAUAUCGGCGAGGCGACCUCUGAUUUGUGACACAAGUUUAUGGCCCUUCCAGAAAUUCUAGCUUAAAGCAAUUUUAUUACCUUGAUCAGCCUUUCUCUGCUUCUCUUUUGCCCUCCAUGGCUACCAUACCAGUUAAUCCUAAGCCUUUCUUGAACAACUUGACUGGGAAGACUGUUAUCGUAAAACUCAAGUGGGGAAUGGAAUACAAAGGUUUUCUUGCUUCAGUGGAUUCAUACAUGAAUCUACAGCUGGGUAACACUGAAGAAUAUAUUGACGGUCAAUUCACUGGAAAUCUUGGAGAGAUUCUGAUCAGGUGCAACAAUGUUCUCUAUCUUCGAGGUGUCCCGGAGGAUGAAGACAUAGAAGAUGCAGACCACGACUGAGAAGUGGAUUUCAGUUAUUGAAUUGGUAGGCCUCUUGUAGUUCCUGUUCAAGCCAAUGAUGGUAGGCAUUUGUUGUUUAAAUCUGAUGUUGUCCAUGACAUGUACCUUGUCUAGUUAACAAACUGAUAUAACUUUAUUAUGGAUUUGAUGCAUUCGAAAUCUUGACCUGGAUCAAUAUUACAUGUUGCAUCUCUAGUAGAA